AUGGAACAGAGAUAUAAUCAGGAAACAUGUACACAGGUGAAGAGCGACCACGCUGAAGACCUCCAAGCCGUGAACAAGCGCACCCGUUAUGCGUUAAUCGCCUGUAAUGGGUGUCGGAAACGCAAAGCACGAUGCAGUGGCGGAGAACCUUGCGACCGUUGCGCACACCUCUCACAGGAGUGCCACUAUGAUGAGGUCUAUCCUGGGGUCUUACUUCGUUGCCAUGAUAUCAAAAAGAUGCAAACCAAUAUCCUUACCCUCCAAAACCAGAUUGGGCAACUUGUCAGGAACAACGAGCAACAAUUCCACCCACAUUCCCCGGCGGUUGCACCGAUCGACUUCUUUCACUACAUUGAUGAAUCCUUUGCUAUCAAGUUAUUACUCCUUUAUGACAAUGAUAUUGGUAAUAUGACACCAGUUGUGGAUACCGAGGAGAUGCGUAUGUGUAUUCGCCAGCUCUAUGCUGGUUUAGGGUCGGGACAAGUCUUUCCCUUUGACGAGACGAAAGGAAAGAUCCUGAGAUGGGUAAUAUUGAUUGCGCUCUCUAUAGAUCCCCGAGAUCAGAGUGAAAUGGUGACACGGCUACUUGAAAACUGCAAACCGUUAUACGAAACUUCAUUAGUUGUGGGAGAGCUUUGUUUAUCUACCCUCGUUCUCUUAAUUCUAGAGGGUCUGUAUCACUUCCAUCAACACGACGAAAUGCUGGCUGGGAGAAUAAUCAGCCUUGCAGCUCGUAUGUCGCUAGAACUGGGCAUACACAGUAAGGAACGGAUUUUCUCCUUGUUCCCGUCUAUGGAGGAAAGGUCUUUAGCUAUUCGUGUGUUCUGGUCGAUUUAUGUCUUGGAUAGGCGGUGGAGCAUUGGUAACGAGAUACCAUUUGCAUUAUCUGACUCUGAUAUCGAUCCUCUUCUGCCUGUGCCGCAAUCCUCAUUCUCGUACUUGCGAGUUAUGAUAGCGUAUAGUCGAAUUACUGGAAAAAUCUGGAGUACUAUGGCUCGGGAUAAAAAAUCAUGGGCUUCGAAAGAGGCUAGUUUUCUUAACUACCAGAUUCAAACUUGGUUCAAUGCCAUCCCGUCUGAAUUCAAAUGGGAGCAAGACAAGUUAAAGACCGGAAUUGAAAUCUCAGACAACCCUGGUCCACGGAGUUCCAACAUGCUUAUUGUAUUACUACAUCUUCGUUGGAACCAAGCCCGGUUGCUCUUGAGCUUAGCAACACUCGAGACGGUCGGAUUUACUGACCAACCCGUGUCGAUUGCAGAGGAAACUAUAUUGCUCUUGAGAAAUUUUCAUAUGCAAAGUGCAACAUGCCGAUUGCAGCAAACUUCACUCAGCUUUUUUGUUAUUUCCGCUCUGGAAGCAAUUUUUCUGUCCAUCUUGGAGGACCCUGAGACCUACGGACCAAGAUGCCGUUCUUCCUUUUACUCCGCUUUGGACCUAAUCAGAUGCUGCUCCCAUAAACUAAUCGCAGUACCUAGACUCUGGAAUAUGGUCAACCGUGUCCGGAAAGAUGUCACCCGACAACGUCUUGAAUUUAACCUCAAAAGUACGGUAUUACGAAGGCAAGCGACGGUAUCAAAUACUGCACAGACGGUGCAGUACUAUAAUAGUGCUGCCUAUGAACAGAAAUGCAAUGCAACUACCUCUUUCCGUGGUACUAAUCAAGCCAUCGAAGUAUUGGCUCAGAUAUUUGAAGAAUUAACGGCUUCAUGGUCCGCUUCUUCAUCCGCUUCCAGAGCAGCACCGUGCACGGUCGCAAAUUCAGCUUUUUCUGACCCAAUUCUAUUUAUAAUAACGCAGCAGCCAGACUUCUUGACUGGCGACAGUCUAACUACCUGGGACAAUUUUGACAGCGAGUUCCGCAAGAAACUUGACACGGGCCAUACUGCUCUGAUUGACUAUCCAAAGGCUUCUGCGCUUCAGAAAAUCGCCUCCCAGAUGUGGACCAACGGUGGUAUUGUGACUUUUGUCUGCCACGGUCCUGCUAUUUUCGGUAAUGUCGUUGAUCUGUCCACCCAUAAGCCCAAAAUUAAGGGCAAGAAAAUUACGGGCUUCAAUACUGUGGUUGAACACACUAUGGUAAUCUAUGAGGAGCUUAAUAUCUGGGACUUAGAGAUAGUUGAGGAGCUAGCUGAGCGUCUUGGUGCAACCUAUAAGUCAAAUAUUAUUAACACUCCCUAG